AUGAGGCCUUUUCUUCGUCUUCAUCAUACUACCAAGAAUGUCACACGACACUUCAAUUGUCAAUCAAAACCACAAGGGACUACUACUGUUUCCUCAUUGUCUUCACAACAAAAAAAGUGUAACCUGACAACAUCGGCAAUACUGUCCACCGAAAGGCACAAUGGCGACUCGGAUACCCUCCUAAACCGCCAUUCACUCAACCCAUCAAGGGGAGAAAACUCCCAGAGUGGCACAGACAACGAAGUAGCCAGCCACGACGCCCCCUUUGAUCCCUCCAACACAGCCCCCGAGGCUGAGAUGGAGGCAACGGCCAGGGAGUCCUCGCAGCGGAAUAAACAGAGUAACCCUCUUGACGUCAGUCCGGCCAAUAAAGAUGUCAACAAGGCACGCGAUCCUUCAGAGGACAAGGCUGAGCGCGGGGUUGAAAGACCUCCAAGCGCGCGAGGAUUCACUCGCAAAAACAAGCCAGUGAAUUAA